AUGACGUUAAAGCUCAAAACCAGUGGGCAGCUGUUGAGGCUGCAUGGCUCAGUGGGACUGACUGACUGGGACCUGGACAAGGAGCUCAAACUGGCAACGCUCUCCGACUGGUUCUACCUCGAUGAACAACUAGACGACGAACAUGUCGCCCAGAAACCAUCGGGCCGAGUCUCCCGAAGAAAGGAUGACUUCGUCUGGUAUGAUAAAGCUUCAGACACAUUGGUGAAGCCCAAUCCUUGGCUGCUGGUGAAUCCGAACAUCGUCUGCCCACUUCAGUACAGAGAAAAGGUGGCAGUUCAUCCAGUUCCACAAAAAGUUCCAGUCCCUCCAACUAAACCUGCGAAACAUCAGCGUCCUCUCGUGACAAAGCUAAAUGUUCUGGCCCCGCGGAAGACUCCAGUCCGAGUGGAUCAUCUGUCGGAAGUUUCUACCAACAGCAUGAUCAAAGACAUCAGUGCCGCAAAGACCAUGAGGAAGAAGAGGGCCCCAAAAGUCCUGGACCGCAAGUGUGUGACUUUGGGAGGCUGGCCCCGCCCACCAGUCAACUACAGCAUCCUCAUCGCACUGGCCCUCAAGAGCAGCCAGGCUGAGUGUCUCAAAGUUCAGCAGAUCUACAACUUCACCAGAGAUCACUUCCCCUUUUUCCAAACUGCUCCUGACGGCUGGAAGAACACAAUCAGACACAACCUGUGCUUCAACAGCAGCUUCCGCAAAACCUGCAACCAACUGUGCAAAGAUGGCAAGAGGCAGUCGUGCUUCUGGCACCUCACCCCUGAAGGUCACCUGCGUCUUCACGAUGAGCUCAGCAAGCUGACGGGGGAACCUUUGAGGCUGUUGCAGAGAAGCAUGUCGCGUCCAGGCUGCAUGAAAUCAGCUUCUAGGCCUUCAGAAUCAGCGAUGCAGAUGUCUAAAGACCUCAGUGAACAGGCGCAUGUGGUUGAUGGUUCUGAUAGCCAAUCAGAACAGGAGCUGGAAUGUAGAGCUGGCACUUGUGAGAGCCAGAAGCAACGUUUCAUGUGGGAUACCACAAGGGCGACGUAG